GGCACGCCGUGGCCGGAGACGGGCUCUGCCGGAACGGGAGGAAAAAAGGAAAAAAAGAAGGAAGAAAAAAAUGACUAUAAUAGGAUAGAGUUUUAUUUAUGGGUCUGCUCUGCCGGGGCAAUUUGGCACCGUAAAAACGGUUUACAAUGUACUUUACACGUUUUUAAGGUUCAACUUAUAGGGGAUUUGUACAGAGUUUAUAACGGACUAACCCCUCUCCCUCACUAAUCUCCGCCCCCUUCAUUUUCAGGGUGGGCCCCGCUUCAUUCUAAACCAAUCAAAACAGCCCAUCUCAGCUUAGCCCCCGUAGUUUUCCGCCCACCGGGCCCCGGCAUUAAAUACUUAGGUCGCCCAUCUCACCGAGGCUCCCCCGACGACUUCCCUCCUUCCCUCCGCUACUCCUUGCUGCGUGCGCUAGAGAGGGCGUAGGCGCUGCGGUGUCCUUUGCUUUCCCUGCAGCGGUUUGAGUGGGAGGUUGAGCAAGGAGGGGUGAGAGGAGCAGCCAUCUGGAAGGAAAGCUUCACAGGCCGACGGGAGAGACGCCGCCUUCACUCGUGGUCGGCUGCUGCGGCCGUGCGGGAACACAGCGGGCGACUGAACAGGUGCAAAACUCCGAGAGGACAAGUAAGCUGGAAGUUGCCCCUGACUUAUAUUUCGAGUCUUCUUAUUUUUUAUGGAAAAAUAAAAAAAGAACAUAAAUUGAUUCUACUGCGAAGUUAUGUUUAACCAGGAGCAGCAGCAUGUGGAACAAUGUAGAUCUCAAAAGUGACCAGCCAUGUGAGCUAUCACACCAAUUCAUAAAAAAGAUUACAAAUGAUUACGACCAGCAGCUAAUAGUUGGCAAUGGUGCAUUCGGAACAGUUUUCAAGGGUAUUUGUGAGAAUGGAGAAGAGGUUGCUGUGAAGGUACUUAAGAACAUGACAGGAAUUGAUAAUAAGGAAUUUCACAAGGAGUUCGAGAACCUUAGGAGGCUCAAGCAUCAAAAUGUCGUCCAGCUAUUGGGUUUCUGCAAUGAAGCAGAGAAAGUACUUGUAGAAAAUACUGGGAACCAACUUAUUGCUGACGAGAUGCAUACGGCGCUCAUCUUUGAAUAUGUACGCAAUGGUAGCCUUGACAAUCAUAUGUCAGCUGACGGAUGCUCAGGACUUAAUUGGCAUAAACAAUACACAAUAAUCAAAGGGAUCUGUCAAGGUUUAGAAUAUCUUCGGCAUGGAUUGGAGCGUUCAGUAUGGCAUUUGGAUUUAAAGCCUGGUAAUAUCUUGCUAGAUAACAAUAUGAUCCCGAAAAUUGCAGAUUUCGGAUUAUCGAGACUCUUGGGUAAUGACAAAUCAAGAAAGACAAUUAAUAACGUCGGUACAAUUGGUUACUUGCCCCGAGAGUAUAUAGAUUAUGGUCUAAUCUCAGAACAGUUCGAUAUAUAUAGCUUGGGGGUUAUAAUUGCAAAGUUAAUGGCCGGAUGUGAAGGCUACUUCGAUAUUGAUGACAUGGGAGAAAAAGGAUUUGUCAAGCAUGUACAUAACAAUUGGAGGAAAAGGCUACGUGCUACGUUGGCCGCGAGGCCACUUGAAGUAUAUUGUGAACAAGUCAGGACGUGCAUUAACAUAGCAGUAAAAUGCAUGAACCGCAGGCGACAAGAAAGACCCACCAUACAGUCCAUCGUCUCUGAUCUGAUAGAGACGGAAAUAAUGAUUGGUAACCUACGGCUGGAGACAGAACUGUUCCUUGACGAAGAACACAACCUUCCCGAGGGAGGCAUCCAAGAUAGAACACCUAAUAUGGCCUCUGAAUCAAGUAGAUGUAAAAGCAUAGAUGGUCGGGCGAAAUUGAAGGAAGUGCCGUUACAACUAUUGAAGAGAAUUACAAAUGAUUUCUCUGUGGAGCGAAUACUCAGUAGUGGAGGAAGUGUUUAUAAGGGAAUUCUGGAAGAUGGCGAAGUGGUUGCUGUAAAGAAACUUCAGGAAAAUACGCUAGUUGCAGAUGACAAAGCAUUUAUUAAAGAGGUUACAAGUGUUGCCGCCCUCAUCAAACAUGAAAAUGCACUCCAGUUGGUUGGCUUCUGCCAUGGCAAAAAGAAGAAAUUAGUGCCGUCGGAUAACAAAUUUAUUACUGCAGAAGUUACGCAAAGUUCCCUAUGCUAUGAACAUUUACCUACAGGAAGCCUUGAGAGGAAUCUUUUUGAAGUACCCACAAAAAUGGACUGGGAGACACGCUUCAAAAUAAUUAAAGGGGUUUGCAAUGGUUUGCUCUUUCUACAUAGCACUUCUAUUGUCCAUAUGGAUCUCAACCCUGGAAACAUACUAUUGGAUAAUAACAUGCGGCCAAAAAUAGCGGACUUUGCUCUCUCGAGACUCUUCUGUCAUGAAGCAACACGACUUUGCACGCAGACUGUUGUGGGAUCAUAUGGAUACAUGGCUCCGGAAUAUCUAUACAGAGGUGAAAUCUCCACCAGGUCAGACAUUUACAGUUUAGGCAUGCUCAUCAUAGAGAUCACUGCAGAAGAGAAAAAUCUUUCGAGGAAGGAGAAACAACCAUCUGGACGGACAUUUAUUGACAAUGUACGUAAAACUUGGACACGUGAACAUAUCGCGUCAUUGUACUCAUCCUCGCCCCCCCAGCACCUCCAUGAAGUCGAAGCAUGCAUCGAAAUUGGACUGAAGUGUACAUCAAUUGAUCGGCGCAGCAGACCUUCCAUAGAAGAAAUCGUCGAGACGCUCAACGGCCUUCCGCAGAUAGGCUGUGAUGGCCUUCUCAGCCUCCAAUCCCGGCGGGUAAACUUCCCUAUGGAGCCAAGAAGGUUGACCUCCAGCUCGGUUUACCUAGUGAACAACACGGAUGCCCUUAUUGCCUUCAGGCUUGCAACCGAACUCCCAAGGAGGUACCUUACAAAGCUACCAUUUUGCGGGAUUGUGCCGCCAAAGUGCGCCAACACUUUCACCCUGAUAACACGCGAGCAGAAGAAGCCGCCACCGUCAAACAGUGACGACUGUCUGAUACUACAAAGCAGAACUGCACACAAUGAGAAUAUGGACAAUGUUUACCCAGCUAAUUAUGCGGCCCUGUUCCUUGAUACCGCUGCCGAUGAGGUGCAAGAAGCCAAAAUUGUGGUUGCCUGUGAAACUGAAACUAUCCCUGAUCAGAUCAUAGACGGCCAAAAUUAUCGUGAGGUAUUGUCCAUAGAUGUCCACCCAACCGAGCCGUGGAUCUUGACAAGCAACCAGAGGGGUUAUGUUUGCAUUUGGAACUACCAAACACAGGCAGAGGAGGGUUCUAUUGAAGUGACUAGAGAACCAGUACAUUCAGCAAAAUUUAUUGGACGAGAGGAAUGGUUUGUGGUCGGUAGUGGCGAUGGAUACAUCUAUGUGUGCGAUUAUAAUACCAUGGAAGAAGUCGUCGACAUGAUUGAAGCUCAUGAUGGUCAUCGCAUCAUGUGUCUGGCCGUGAGUCCAACUCAACCGUUUGUGCUGUCAGCAUCUGACGACCACACGAUUAAGCUUUGGGACUGGGCUAAGGAAUGGCAGUGUACCCGAACUUUUGAGGGGCACUAUGACACAGUCACACGAGUAAUGUUUGACCCCAGGAACAACGAAAGCUUCGCGAGUGCUUCCAUGGAUCACACUGUCAAGAUCUGGAAUAUUCACUCUGCGACAUGCAACAUCACUUGGGAUGGGCAUCCGGAUGGUCUACUCUGUGUUCACUACUUCCCACGGUACUUUCAGCAGUUUUUGAUUUCCGGAUCCUCAGAUGGUGCUGCAAAGAUCUGGGACCUAGAGACAGACACUUGUGUGGAUACGCUCCAAGACCAUGCAAAGGGUAUCAGUGCUCUUUGUUGGCACCCAGAACUUCGAGUGCUAGUUACUGGUUCGCUUGAUGGGACUGCACGAAUCUGGAACUGGAAAUAUGCUAGUAGUACAUACAGGCUUGAGAACAUCAUUGGAUUUAAUCUUGGCGCUGUUAACGCUCUUGGAUACCUAAAUGGGUCAACAAGGAUUGUGGUUGGAUGCCAUCAAGGAAUAGCACUGAUGGAAGUUAACGAGCUGACCGCCUGACCCAGUUCGCGGGCAAGCUAGAAUAAAGGACUAUGUGGAAAACUAGAAUUCCAAAGUGCGUUUAUUUACCUCCGGGAGAUAUUUGUGUAAGAGCAACUAUCACAAAGUUCUUUUGUAGCUCGUCCUACAUGGAACCUCUUAUCUUCAGCCCUUCAACACACUCGAGCAACUAUACAUCAAGGCAUGAAAAGGAAUUGUAGGUACAGACCAGAUAUAACUAACCCUAGAUGCCUGGAUGCAUUUUCAUUAGUAAUAAGAUUUUCCAUGGUAGCUAGGGAAACAUGUUCUCUACAACUGUACAUCAAAACCUUGGAAAUGAAUUUUAAGUUCAGAACA